CGUUGAUGGGAGUGUUUAGCCAUAGCAACUCCUUUCUGUUUUGCCCGGCUGCAGUCAUUUAUUGCUGAGGUCGGUCCUGAAGAGACGUGUUUUUUGUCUCCGGGUCGUGUGGACUCCCGGUCCUCGUGUCCUCGUGUCCUCGUGCUGCCGGGUGUCUGGGCUCGUGUCGGGUAGGGUGGAGAAAUCAGUGCACGUAACUGUUCAGUACAGCAUGUGCAGGUGAAAUCUCAGAGCCUGUGUGUAGAGGACAGAAGCCAGUCGGGGACAGCUUCGUGUGAUCGAGGAACCGUCCACAUCGGUCUGAGGGAUUGCUCAUCGAAGCACACCAAAGACAGUCUCUCCCUGUGGGUGUGUGUAUGUGUUUCUCUCAGGAUCUGCUUCGUCUGAGAAAACCAUCUACAUCCAGCACCUCCAACUAAGAAAUAUCAUCAAUAUCCACUGAGCCAGGCCUGUUGAGCCCGGCGUGCUCUUUUCUGACUCUUCCCUUGGCCCCCUUCACACCCUCUGCAGACGCUGGCACGGCAGCACUUUAGGACUGCUAAUCAUGAGUGAAUUCUGGUUGUGCUUCAACUGCUGUAUCGCUGAGCAGCCACAGCCGAAGCGGCGGAGGCGCAUUGACAGGAGUAUGAUCGGUGAGCCCACAAACUUCGUCCACACAGCCCAUGUGGGAUCUGGAGAUCUGUUCAGCGGCAUGGACUCUGUGAACUCAAUUCAGAACCAAAUGCAGUCAAAGGGGGGAUACGGGCGUGAGACCAUCCCCAUCAAUGUGCAGAUGCAACUGGUAGACACAAAAGCAGGAUAAUCCCUAACUUGAAGAAGCUUCCACUGCAUCAGUGUAUCCAUUUCGACGCUUUCCAUAGCCUCCCAGCACCCCUUUUUCUCACCAAGCAAACACACGGACCAUCAUGCACUUCAUGGGAAUGAGGAUGUCCAUGGCUGUCAGUAUCCUCGCCACCCUCAUAAUGGACGCUUGCAUGCCCUGUCAUCGACAGCCUAGCAGUGCAUGGUGUAACCUGGCAAUUUGUCUGUGGUUUGAACAGCUCAUUUUCUCAAAACUCAUACAUGAAGGUCUGGAACCUCCAAGUACAAACUUUGUAGUUUCAUUUUAUUUUCUUUUUUCCUUCACAGACUUUUUGAGUUUAAAACCUGGUGCAAAAAACGCCAACGAUGUUCAUAUAAAAUGUCACUAGCUCUGGUCAUGCGAUGCCAAAAUGCUCAUUUUGAUGGAAUGAUGACACACUUCUGAGAAGAAGUACCAUUUUUUUGACUGAGGCUCAAAUGAAUGCUGUUUUGUAAGAAGUGUGAUUGUUCCUUUGCUGUUUACGUCAUUUCAGAUUUCAUUCCUUUUAUCUUUGUUUUUCUUUGCGGUAAAAUAUGAUUAAAGCAACAAUAACUGAUGCUGAAAUGCACAACUGACAUUUCACUCACCACACUGCUGUAAAUGUUUUACCAUAAACUUGAUAUGAAGAUGCUCAAGCUAUAAUUGUUUGUUGUACAGUCAACGUGGAAAACCGACAAUGUCGUCAAUGUCCUAAUGCUUUAAGCUGAUAUGGCAACAAUAUUUAUGAGAUUGUGGAAGACCUUGAAAUUGGGGCCAAUUCGCUCUCCCUGUUGUACUUGCAGUCUUUUGGGAAAUAUAUUGUAACCUCUUAGAUAAUGCUUUAGCGAACAAAUGCCUAAAAUCUGCCAUUUAUAGUUUAAACUAUUACUCUCAAAAUCUGGGGUUUGAGAGACUGAUGUUUUAAAUAGUUAUAAAACUAAAUUUUGUAUUAAAUUGCACUAAUUUUUCAAAUGCAUAAUGAACAUCAAGAAUUCUGGGAAAUGGGAAGUGUAGCUUGUUAAAAUACAGUAGAUAACUUAUAUGAGUCAGUUUGUUCAGGCUUCUCUCAUUAAUUGCCUCAGAAAAUACUGAAAGUAAUCAAUUUUAGAAAUAAGAUAAGUUUUGACUGUCAUUAUUCAAGUCACGUAUUUAUGAAUUUGUAAAUCAAAACCUCAGUUUGGAGUGAAAGCAGUUUUGGUAUAUCAGUGCCAGGCCCAAGAAAGUUAAAUGAGAUAAAAGGCCAUACAGUAUAAUGUGUGAACUCACAGCUGAAUGUCCAAUUGUCGUUUUCUCAAGUGCUUUCUGUUUGUAUAUACUGUGUAUUUUGUGUGCCACAACCUGAACUAUGCUAAUUUAUUUUUCCUUAUUCCUUCUGUGUGACUCCUCCCAGCAACCACCCCCCCAGACCCCAUCAAGUAUUUAAUGUCAUGUCUUAUAAAUUUAUCGCAUUAUCGUGUUGUCAAAAUGAAGAAUUUUGGCAGAGUUUGUUAGUUUAGAGCUGGACAAAGUGAAAUGUUUUCCUGGUGCUCUAAAUGAGUUGAGGUUAAAGAAUCAACAGCCACCUGUGAUGUAUACAGAGGUGCCAACAUCUACAGUUUAGCUUAGCAUUUACGAUUUUUGACCCAUUGAAAACUGAAAAUGACGCUUUUCUGCUUUCUGAGAUAAAGCAGCUAUAAAACCAAAACAAAUCACUUGGCAGAAAAGUCAAUUCAGGGGAAAGGACGAAAUAUGUGAUGUGUAACAUGAGAGAUGGGGAAAAUGAUGCGGGACAGGAAAGGGCAAAGAUCACUUAGAUCUUUUAGAUCUUAUGUGAAUUUGUGAACCAGUAGAAAACAUGCAGAGCUUCGGUCUCUUUGGUUGGCAAAAACACAGGGCUUUCUCUCUACUCGGAUUUUCUUUUAACAUUGUUGGCACCUCUGUUCUGUAUAAAAAAUGUUAACCAGUGAAGACAUUAAUGAUCAAGUUCACACAAAAUUUUGAGCAUUUUGGCUACAGUGGUGUAAUUGGCAUGCAUUAGAAUUGCAAUGACCCUCAGCCUCUGUUCACCAGAUGGAUUUCAUCAUCAGGGAUUUCAAGAAGCUAUUGUUUUAGAUGCCAGAGCACAUUUUUAUACAUUUAACGCUUGUUAUUUUGCAUUCUAUGUUGGCUUGUACAUUACCAAAUGUGUUCACUUGAAAUAAAUAUUUUUUCCAUGUUA